AAGAGAUAUUUUUUCGUUAUCAGAUGUAAUAACACUUUUUGUUUAUUUUGACUCAUGUCACAAAAUAUUUACUUGAAAUGUAAUCUGUCAAUAAUUUAAAAUUUUUGUUGUAAUUUUUUGGAACGUGCGCAAAACAAUGUCUUCUGAAAAAGUUUAUACUUUGAUGGGUGGAGAGCGUAUGCCAUUAGUCGGCUAUGGUACAUAUAAGGUGCGUGGGCGCGAAUUAAUUAAUCGAGUAUUAGAUUGCGCGCUUGGUGCAGGAUACCGUCUUAUUGACACUGCGGUGGUUUAUGAAAAUGAACAGGAGAUUGGAGAAGCGCUACGAAGCUUACUACCGAAACAUAACUUGAAAAGAGAAGAUAUAUUUAUUACAAGCAAAUUGCCUUCUAAUCUUUAUGGUGUUUUGGACAACAUAUUAAAAGUGAUUAAAAGUAGUUUGGUCAAGUUAGAUGUAACAUUCAUAGACUUGUACUUAAUUCAUUGGCCUGGGCAACAUGGACAAAAUCCACGUGAUGAUAGUAACUCUCAUGUUAGAGCUCAAACAUGGAAAGCAUUGAUUGAAGCUAAACGCAUGGGCUGGGUUAAAAAUAUUGGUGUAUCUAAUUAUGCUGAUCAUCACAUAAGAGAAAUAAUUGAUAGAUAUCCUCAUGAAUUGCCAGUUGUUAAUCAGGUUGAAUGGCAUCCAAUGUGUUAUCAGCAAGAAUUACUAAGCUUUUGCAAAGAAAACUCUAUUCUCCUGCAAGCAUACUUUAGUUUAGGAGGUACUUCUGAUUCAAAUGCGUUACUUAAUAACGCAGAAGUUCAAAAAGUUGCGCAAAAUGUGCAUAAAUCUCCAGCUCAAGUACUUCUGGCUUGGGCACUGCAACAUGGAGUAGCAAUUAUCCCAAAGUCCUUGAAUAAUGAUCAUAUUAUUUCAAAUUUUAAAUUGGAUUUUGUAAUUCCCGAUGAUGAUUUUCGCAUUUUAAAUAGUUUACCUCAGAAACGUUUUGGAGGAAACCCAGCAAUUGUUUUAUAAGCUUUGAUUAAUAAUAAACCACCAAGUGUAAUAUAAA